GAGUUUUAUGUAGGUAUUAUUUUGAAUAUGUUGUGAAGUUGGCCUAUAUAACAUUAUUUUAUUAUUAAAUGUCUCAAAAAAUAAUACAAUAUUAUAUUCAAAAAUAAAAUGCACGAUCGUGUCACUGAGAGCCUAUCAAAUCGAGAUGUUCCAUCGUUUAUAGAAGCUCGUCCACCUCUAAUAACCAAUCCGUUUAUGAGGCCUCGACCUGAAAAGGGUAGAAACCUAAUGGAUCUAUUCGAGGAAGAAUCGGAGUUUGAAGAGUCUGAUCUAGUUCAAGUGUAUUUACGUGUAAAGCCCUGUAAUAAACCUAACAAUUUAUACGAUGUGCGUUCAGAUCGGUGUUUAGUUACAUCGCUGGACACAACUACUGCUGGUCAUGGAAGAAGAACCCAGCAUAACGUUUCAAAGAUGUACACAUUUUCUCACAUCUUUGGUCCGGAUACUGAUCAAGGAGAAAUUUUUGAGCACGUCGUCAAAGAUAAUCUCAAAAAACUUCUUGAAGGUCGAAGCUUUACUCUUCUUACGUACGGCGCAUCAGGAUCUGGCAAAACAUUCACAUUGAUGGGCACAGUAUUAUCACCAGGCUUAGUGCCAAGAUCAUUGGAAUAUGUGUUUAAAAUAAUAAAUGCUGCACAAUAUCCUGUUUAUAAACCAGCUGAAGGAGGAGGAGAUAAAUUAAAUGUUUCACAACAGGUCUAUGAACUACAGUGGGUAAAGAAAUUGAGAAAAGUAUCUAUUGCUCCUCUCAAAGAUAAAUACAGAAGGAUGAGCACACAACUCAGCAGUAAUAUGACUAUAAGUAAUCUAGAUAUAACAAAUGACUCUAAUUAUUUCGUUUGGGUAUCAUUUAUAGAGAUAUACAAUGAGAAAAUUUAUGAUUUACUGACUAUAUCGGAAAGGCGCAACACUUCAAAUUUAGCUAUAAGGGAAGAUUCUAAUGGAAAUGUUUAUGUUAAGGGUGCUACUCAAGCAUUUGUGAGAUCUGGAGAGGAGGCAUAUGAUGUUAUGGUUGCUGGCAAACUUAACCUGCAAGUAGCAGCCACAGGGGUUCAUGCCGAAUCAUCAAGAUCACACUGUAUCUUUACAAUAACACUGCUCAAAGAAACUGAUGGAUCAUGUGUCAGCUCGUCGGUGCGACUGUGUGACCUGGCGGGGUGUGAGCGAGCGCGACGCACGCGCAACACAGGAACUCGCAUGCAAGAGUCGCGAGCCAUCAACUCAUCCCUGCACGUGCUAGAACGCUGCCUCCACAUGCUGCGCCGGAAGCAGAACUGCUCGCGCGCCUUGCUUGUACCAUACAGAGAGUCAAAAUUAACGCGGCUUCUUGGUACGGGUCUGUCUGGGUCCCGAGGUGAGGCCGUCAGUAUGGUGGUAACCCUGAACCCCGCAAUAGAAUACGCGCAGGAGAACAAACAUGUUUUGCAGUUGGCAGCAGUCGCUAAAGACAUACAGAUGAACAAUACAACAUAUGAAUAUCCAAGCUCAUUGGAGGACACACGGGACACAUCAACCUACAACUACGAUGAGGAAAUAAUGAGACUAAGAGCAGAGAAUGAACGGCUGCAUUUCGAAUCUAUCCAUGCUAAGCGGCUGUACGAGGAGCAGUUGGCAUCGAUGGAGGCGAGUCUGAUGGAGAACGCUGACACCACGCGAGAGCUGGUGAAUAAGGCGCGCGAAGCGACCACGCAGUUCUACGUCGCCGAGAUCAAUAGGCUCAAGGAAAAGAUGGAAAAAUUGACAGAGGAGUACGAGUGCCAACUAAGUAAACUGCGUUCGGAACUCACUUCUCCGGUGGAUUGUAAGGAUACCCGGCUUGCAAGAGAGAUCGCGAUUCUACAGGAAGAAGUGAAUGCUGAGAGGUUGGCAAGGAAGAGGGCUGAAGCUGAGGCGGAGCAUUUACGGGCUUGCCUUGCAGAAAGAGAUGAGAAUGAAGAAAAGGAAAGAACUGGAAGUGACCUAUCAGACACCAACAGUGAAGAAGAAGUUGACGACAAUAUUAACGAAAGUCUCGAACCAACAUUCCACAAAGAUGAAAUCAAUAGGUCUAGACUAGUAAGACAAAGCAUUAUGAAUGAAAGUUGUGCCGAUAGCUCUGAUAAUUCAGAUGUAUUGGAGAUAUCAAGUGAUACAAUCAAGGAGCAUAGCUUUAACGACUGUGCCUUUGCAGUUAGCGAGCACAUUAUAAGUACAUGUAAGAAAAUUUGUGGAGAUAAGACAUUCGAUGCAAAUCAAACGUCGCAAAAUUCAUUUGAAGAAUCCGAAUUAGUUAAAACAUAUAAUAACGAAUCUUGUUAUGACGACCAAGUUGUGGAAGUGGAACCGAAUUUAGGAGAAAAAUCAGGAGAAGAAGAACAACGUGACGUACAAAAUCAAACGUCGCAAAAUUCAUUUGAAGAAUCCGAAUUAGUUAAAACAUAUAAUAACGAAUCUUGUUAUGACGACCAAGUUGUGGAAGUGGAACCGAAUUUAGGAGAAAAAUCAGGAGAAGAAGAACAACGUGACGUACAACGAUCAGUAUCAGAUUCUUUUUGUAACGAGCCCAUCGCCGUUUUAGGAAAUAGACCAGAUGAUAUAUUAUGUAACAGUAGGGAAGAGGUCAUAAAUGAUAUUAAUACUAAAGAAAUUGGAGAAAAGCGACAAACUUUUGUAAAGAAUGAUGUAAAUUCAUUAAACUUUGUUCCGGACAAUUCAAAUACUUCACUAGCCACAUUUGAACAGUUGGAAAUAGCUACAAUGGACAGUGGUCAAACAGCAGCGUCAUAUGAAUUCAAUACAGUGAAUAAUGGAAACAAGAACCGUCAUUUUUUUGAUGAUAAUAAUGGACAAACUCAAAACAACGUUACAAAUGAAGGUAAAAAGCUGUACUUUGAAAAUAUUCAGGAAAUUAUUGAAACUGAUGUCAAUAAACAACAAGAUGAUUAUAGAUCCCCUUCAAUAGUAAAAGAUGAGGUGCCCACGGACUAUCAGCCAAGUAUGAUCAAAAAACUUCUUGCAAAGUCCCUUAAAACCUGCAGAGAUGCUCCUGGUCCACAACCAAUACAAAAAAUCAAUAAUUCUCGUGCGUCUGAUGGUUCUGUGGAUAUCUUUGAAUGUUUCGAUUCGCCAUCUCAAGAUCUUGAAGAAAAAAUUACAGAUGUAGAAACAGUUGGUAAAUCUAUUGCUUGCAUUGAUAUUGUUGAAGAAAAAGAAAUGUGUGUCGAUAAUUUUGACACUCUUACAACGAUUAAAAAAUCGGAAGCUGAAGAAUUAUUUAAAGUACCUAUUGUAGUUCGUAAAUCAGCUAAAGUAAUAGAUGAUGAUCAAAAAGUUAAAAAUGUAAUUGAAAAAACUGCGAAAGAUUUAGAUGUAACAAUUCCAAAUAGUGAAAUAUCACAGCAAAAUAUGACAGCUAAUAAUACAUUGGAACAGUUUGAAAAUAUUUACAAAGAUGUAACAAUACCUAGAGUUACAGAAUUCGAAAAUCUUGUUUCGGACUCACAUGAAACUAUUGAUGACGAUAUCAAACAACCAAGUGCAAUCAAAUACAAUUUACGUAAAAAAUCUCAGAUGAAGCUAAAAAAUGAAGAAUUGAGAGACUUGAAAGAAGAUAAUAAAGGUGUUGAUGAGGUUUUAUUGCAGAGCGAAUCAAAAUGUGCAAGUAAAUCUAGAACGAGUAAACGCAAUCUUCGGCUGCGCAGACGGAACAAUGUAACAAGUGAAGAAUGUAAUUCAAAUGGAGAAGAUCAAUUAAAGGAUAUUGUGAAUCUGCAAAGUGAAUUCUGUGAUGUGACGAUGGGGAAACCUGCUCCUGAGAAGGUUGUUACAGACAUCAAGUCGCCUGAGAAGCCUCAGGAUGAAAAUAUGCCACCCAAUGUUGAACUGCAAAGUAUUUCUAAAAGUGUGACCCGCAGCCGUCGCAAGUUGUUCACGCCGCGAGCGGACCCGCUGGAGGAGAACAUAUCGCAGGGAGGGGACAGCAGCGAGCGGGUGCGGGUGCCUCGCCCCUCCUACCACCGGCCGCGCGCUCGCAGGAAGCUGUAGGACCCAAUACUGAUUGACAGACUGAAUCAUAUUAUAUCAAUUAAUGUAAAUAAUGAUUAAAUUUUAAAUUUGGA